ACUCACCAAUGCAAAAUAUAGUAAUAAAAACAUACAGUCACUACUUUUGCAAGUAAAGUAUCUAUAUUCAUGAGCCAUUUCAACCACAAUGAUGUCACCGCAAUAUUGCUAGGCAGCUAUGUGGCACCCAUGUUUUCAUGUCCCAUUUUAAUCAUUUCACAUAGCAUCACAACUGCAUGUCUCUUGACAGUGUAUGCAAGCAUUUAAUAUAAGUAAAAAACAUCUAAAUAAAUGUAGAAACACAAAUCUGAUAAAAUUUCAUGCUCAUUUAUUCCGAUGUUUUCAACUCAUCUCUUUGUAGUUGUAGCCUUGUGGCUGUGUUGUCUCACUAUCAUUGAUCUCUCAAAGGCUUAUGACUAUAUGCAACAGAUAGUUGCUAUUACCUCCAUUCCAAAAUAUAAGCCUUUUUAGAAAGUUAAAAGGCUAAUAUUUCGGAAAGGAGGUAGUACUUAUUUGAACUUUUUGCCGACUUUGUUGGAUCACGUUUUGGUCGACUUUAGCAUUUUUCUGUGCUUUCAUAGAUUUCAUGUAUUAUAAGUGUACAAGGUGUCCGCAAUUGGAAUCACCAGUGAGCAGAGAACAACUUGACAGGUUCCUCGGUUUGUGAUGCUCCGUCUCUAGGCCUCCUCAAGAGCGGCGUGGAUCCACAGAAUCAGGUGGUGCAGCCUCUGCAGAUCCUUCCUGCAGUUUCUUGUCUGCGGGAACUUCUCAGCCAUUAUGCUGGUAAACAGGCUCGUAGAAAGACAGAACUCAUGACAGUCUGGGGAGUUCAGGCUACCUACAUGUUCUGCUACAAAGAUCAGUAUCCGAAUUCAUAAGUGAAAAUCCAUGCAAGAAGUUCAGUCUAAUAAGAUGAAACAGCAGAAGAAGGUACAUUCUGAGUGAACACAACUACUGCCAGAGUGGAAAAAAAGGGAAGAGGAAUGUGACCUGACUAUUGAUCCCAGCAGAAGAGAUGUGAAUGUCAAGUCUCCACCUUUUUUACCUCUAAAUGAAAAGGAAAGAAUCUACUUUUCUUCUGUCAAACAACGUCGCCUUCGUUGGCUUGGUCAAUGAAGACUAGGAAAGCACCUACUUUUUGACAUUUAUAGCACAAUGGCCUUCUGAAGCUAUUGGCUGACCAUUUCAAAUCAUGGACUCAGGCACUCAGCAACUGCCUAAGUCCUUUAAGCUCAGUGCACCAUCUAUCUAUUGAUGUGCUGAGAGGGUUUCCUGUUCGUUCAUGCCUUACAAUGGAGGCACUCAUUUCUGCGGUUCUUAGUGAUAUUGUCGGGAGAGCUAUAUCCUUCAUGAUCGAGAAGUGCUGUGAGCAGACAACCACUGAUGAGGAUUUGCAGAGGCUGCGCGAGCUGCUUCUGAGGAUACAUGUCGUCGUCGAGGAGGCUGAGGCGAGGCAUGUCACAAACCAAGGGAUGAUCUGUCAGGUUAGAACAAUGAGAGAGCAAAUGUUGCGAGGGUACUUCCUUCUUGAUGCCUUCAGAUGCAGAGAGAAGAAGAGCGAGGGAAAGGAGGUGAGUCGCUUCUUGUUUGCUCAAUCCAAAUUCAAUCCUGCUAAGCGCUUUCGCCUCCUAUCCAGCAAAACUCAAACUGAGAGCAUGGUAAUUGCUAGAUACAUCAGUAUGGAUUUGAAACAGGUUACUCUUGUCCUAGAAAGCAUGGUUUCUGAUAUGAAAGAGUUUGCAAUAUUUUUGAUGAGCUACCCUCGGAUAUGCCGCCAACCUUAUGGUGCAUAUUUAUAUUUGGAUAAGUAUAUGUUUGGACGACAAAUGGAAAGGGAACAAGCCAUCAGUUUCUUGCUACAAGCUGAACCUACUGGAAAAUUAGGUGUUCUCGCAAUUGUUGGUCCUGGAUUUAUUGGGAAGAGCACUUUUGUGGAGCAUGUUUGUGAGGAUGAGCGUGUGCGCGACUACUUCUCCUUGAUCUUGUUCUACAGCAAAAAUGAUCUUAAGGAUGAAACAGUUAGAACUUUUAGAGAUAAUUGUGUUAUCAGGCAUCAAAAUAUCACCUCGGAUGUAGAAAGGUCGUUGGUUGUCAUUGAGCUCUUAGGGGAUGUGGAUAAAGGGACAUGGAGGAGGGUUUUGCACACUUGUGAAAGAUGCAUGACUCAUGGGAGCAAAAUCAUUAUCACUAGCCGAUCAGAGAACAUGGCCAGUUUUGGAACAACGGAAGCCAUCCAGCUAAAUUGUUUGUCUCGAGAAGCUUACUGGUAUUUCUUCAAGAUGCUUGUGUUUGGUAGCAUGGAUCUGGAGGAGCAUCCAAAGUUAAUAUCCAUAGCUAUGGAGCUAGCCCUGGAGAUGCGCGGAUCUUUCAUAUCCGCAUAUCAUGUUGCUGCCAUACUGAGAGAAAAUUUCAGUGCCAGGUUCUGGUGCGAAUUUCUAAGUCAUGUCAGAGAGCACACACAAAACAACAUCUCGUUGUUAGGUGAAUAUCCUGUUGAGGAAGACCGGCCUCGAUAUGCUUGGAGCAUGGCCAAAACACGGCGAUUCUCUGAGGAUAUUAAGUUCGUUCUGCGACGUGUUGACAACCCAAAAGGGCCUGCUGCUCAUGGCGAGGUUCCAAGGAUACCAGUGUUGGAUCUUCUAUCUGGGAGCUGGAGCAGUAUGCCACGCAAAUUUGAGAUCUUGUGCUGGAGGUCCGUCAUACCACCUUACUAUAGCUACGUAUAUGCUUGUGAGUUUCUGCGGCAUGAGAAUACCGCACCAUAGUUCUCAUCUUGUCUAUUCGAUUAAGUAAAUCUUACCAGAUUGCCCUGUACCCCCUCUCCUCCAAAUUAUUGAAGUUCUAGCUUUGUCCUAAGUCAACCUUCUUUAAAUUUGACCAAGUCUAUAAAAAAUAUAUCAAAAUUUUCCAGCACCUAAUUAGAUUCAUUAUAAAAUAUAUUUUCUUACUAUAUAUAUUUGAUGUUGUAAAUGUUAGCACACAAAUCUUUAGGUUUGGUCAAAUAUAGAGAAGUUUGACUUAGGACAAAGCUGGAGCUUCAAAUAAUUUGGAAGAGAGGGAGUAUUAGACUUUCUUGCUUGCUUGUCUAAAUAUUGGUGCUUGAUCUGAGCUCUUGUGGUUCUUGGCUGAUCGAUCUUAUAUUGAGAGUAUAUUGUACUUGGUACCUAGUAGGCGGUAGCUCAUCAUGUGGGGAUCCCUAGUUACUGGUCGCUUCCUUGUGUUUGUAAUUACUUGUAUACUCUUCACAUCAAUAAAUAAAGGCACAAAGCCUAGUACAAAA